UUUCAAGAAUCAUACGAUAUAUAUAACCAAAUAGAGACGAACACUCGUUUCCAUUGGUUGGAGUGUUUUACAAGUGAGCUUGAAGCGGAUUCCGGCGAUGGCCGGAGCGAUCAAGACGGCGCAGUCGUGGUUUACGGCUGAGGCGGCUCCGAAGCCUUCGUCUUCUCUCCUCUCUGAUUGGAACUCCUACGCUGCCUCGCAAUCAUCCGCUGAUGGCUCUGCUGGACCUUCUUCCGCCCUUGGCCUUGACCUAGAGGCUGCUGUUCGCACCGCCAAUGAGAAGUUCACCGGUACCUUCAGCGUUGUCUCAAAAGGUGUGAGGGAGAUACCUGGGAGUUUACAGAACGCCACAAGCAAUGUUCCUUCAGGGAAGUCUCUUAUGUACUUUGGGCUGUUCUUGGCCAGUGGUACCUUCUUCAUCUUCAUUGCCUUCACCAUGUUCCUCCCUGUCAUGGUGCUGAUGCCUCAGAAAUUUGCUAUCUGCUUUACAAUUGGUUGUGCCUUUAUUAUUGGCUCAUUCUUUGCUUUAAAGGGCCCUAAGAAUCAGCUGGAGCACAUGUCUUCAAAAGAGAGACUCCCGUUCACUUUGGGAUUCAUUGGCAGCAUGGUAGGAACCAUUUAUGUCUCCAUGGUGCUUCACAGCUACAUUUUAUCUGUUAUUUUCUCUGUGCUUCAGGUUCUUGCUCUCUCAUAUUAUUCAGUUUCAUACUUCCCUGGGGGUUCUACUGGACUCAAAUUUCUGUCUUCAACUUUAAUGUCUUCUGUUCUAAGAUGCUUUGGUAGGUGACGAAAAUGUCUACAAUUGCAGUAACUCUAUUUUUAGUUUUUUAGUUUCCCUUUUUCUUAGUUUCUUGUUGUGCUGAUCUUUGUUUUCAUCUGUUUAUAUAAAUGCCCUUGUAAUAGCAAAGGAGUCAUAAGACACUUCGGUGCUUUGUCUUCAUCUUAGACUUUACUGUGCUGUUAAUGUGCCCUUGAAUUCAACCAGUUUAUUGAAACAGAAGAAUGACCGUGUGUGUCAUUGAAAGGAAAUAUAGAAUGCGUUGAUUGUUUCAA